AUGUAUCUGGAGAACAAAGGUACCUUGGAGAUGGAGAUGUCUCAGGCAGGUGCUCAGAGCCAUCAGAGCAAGUUGGCCCACAGGAAGUCUGAGGCCAUGGCCGGGAACUUUGAUGAGCUGCGUCUCCUGGAGGGAUUCUCUGAGAGGAGGGAGACACAGAAGCUGUUGCAGGCUGCUGCCAUGCCCCCGGGACAUCACGUGAUCUGCACGGACGCCUGCCCUGAUGACAGUCAGAGCUUCAGUGUCGUGAACUUCCUCAGAGGCAAAUCCAGCCAAACAGAGAGGUCGCCAUUGAUCAAGCUGUCACGGGAUGAUGGAAUGACAUAUAUGACACUGCAUGACUCCAGCUUUGGCCCUGGAGAAGAGUCAUGGGAGGGGAACUCUGGAGAGCUGGAGAGGCGAUGCCGGCUAGGCAGCGAAGUGGCCAGUCUCUCCCGUUCUCUCUCCAUUGAGAAAAAUGAGCACAACUCCAAAUUUUUCUCCAACAUUUGGUACGUUUUCAGAAUCACAAGACUCAUAACCAUCUUCAUCAUGGUUGUCCUCUGUUCACUUGUGUUCAGCAUGUACCCUGACCGAGAGAGACCCUGGAGGAUGCUGGCAGUCUCAUCUACUGAGAGUUUCUCAAUGAACCUGACAAACUUCCGUGACAAUGCCUUGUGGAAGCUACAAGUGGGUGGACCCUUUACAACUAGAAUGGAAAAAAGUCCUGACCAGGAGUCUAUUCUGAUCCAGGUGGAGCAAAUGUUAGAGAUAGGCUUUCGCAGGAGAGAACAGAUUCUCUAUAACUGGACCAUACCUUUACAUUCAAAGAGGAGUGAUCAGAUUCUUACAACAAGGACUUUUGCCAUGCUUCCUGGUGCUCCAAUUCAGGUUAAUGUACAGGCCUUCCUUCAGGACACUCAGGUUGUUCCUCUCUCUAUGACAUACCAGUCGCUUUAUGUAACCGUGGAAACACAAGUGCUGAUUGCGGGACUCAUCCUGGCUGGAGUCUACGUGCUCAUCAUCUUUGAGAUAGUCCAUCGCACCCUGGCUGCCAUGUUGGGCUCCCUGGCUGCCCUGGCAGCUCUCGCCUUCAUUGGAGAUCGGCCAAGCCUGAUGACUGUGGUGGAAUGGAUCGACUAUGAGACCCUGGCCUUGCUCUUUGGCAUGAUGAUUUUGGUUGCCAUUUUUUCUGAGACUGGCUUCUUCGAUUAUUGUGCUGUUAAGGCUUAUCAGGUGUCAAGAGGAAGAGUGUGGCCCAUGAUCAUUAUCCUCUGUCUAUUCGCUGCCAUUCUUUCUGCCUUCCUGGACAAUGUGACGACCAUGAUGCUUUUCACGCCCGUUACCAUCAGGCUAUGUGAAGUGCUGAAUCUGGACCCAAGACAUGUCCUGAUUGCUGAGGUCAUCUUCACAAACAUUGGAGGAGCUGCCACAGCGGUGGGAGACCCCCCUAAUGUCAUCAUUGUAUCCAACCAGGACCUGCGCAAAAAAGGGCUUGAUUUUGCUGCAUUUACGGGUUACAUGUUCCUGGGGAUCUGUCUGGUGCUCCUCACCUCUUUUCCAUUUCUGCGGCUGCUCUACUGGAAUAAGAAACUCUACAACAAAGAGUCCAGUGAGAUUGUGGAGCUGAAGCAUGAAAUUCUGGUGUGGAGACAGACUGCGCAUCGCAUCAACCCAGCCAGCAGAGAAGAGACUGCUGUCAAGUGUCUCCUCAUGCAGAAGGUGCUCAAUCUGGAGAGCCUACUGCGCAAAAAGCUCCGAACCUUCCAGAGGCAAAUAUCCCAGGAGGACAAAAACUGGGAAAACAACAUUCAAGAGCUACAGAAAAAGCACAGAAUAACAGACAAAAUCCUACUGGUGAAGUGUGUGUCAGUGCUGGCUAUAGUCAUCUUCAUGUUUUUCCUAAACUCCUUUGUACCUGGGAUUCAUCUGGAGCUAGGUUGGAUAGCUGUUUUGGGAGCUCUGUGGUUGCUGAUUCUGGCUGACAUCCAGGACUUUGAGAUUAUCUUGCACAGAGUGGAAUGGGCCACACUACUCUUCUUUGCAGCUCUGUUUGUGCUUAUGGAGGCUUUGGCCCAACUGCAGCUCAUUGACUACAUUGGGGAGCAGACAGCAGCAUUAAUAAAAGCUGUGCCAGAGAGAGAGCGUCUGGCCAUUGCUAUCAUCCUGGUCAUGUGGGUCUCAGCUCUGGUCUCCUCUCUCAUAGACAACAUUCCCUUCACUGCCACUAUGAUUCCAGUGCUGCUCAACCUCAGUCAGGAUACUGAUGUCAACCUCCCUGUGAAACCUCUCAUCUUUGCCCUGGCCAUGGGUGCCUGUUUAGGAGGUAAUGGCACACUGAUUGGUGCAUCUGCUAAUGUUGUAUGUGCUGGAAUUGCAGAGCAGCAUGGUUAUGGAUUCUCUUUCAUGGAAUUUUUCAGGUUGGGCUUCCCCAUGAUGUUGAUUACAUGUACGAUAGGCAUGUGCUACCUGCUGGCAACUCACAUUGGACUGGGAUGGAACACCUAAACCUGUUGUCU